AUGAGUGUGGAGAAAGAAGAUCCGAAAAAUGGAGACGGAACAAACUCACGCUCGACAAGAAACGAGAGAGAAUGGAAAAUUCCGUUUACAUCCGCAAGCAUUUCCGCACCACUUCUGCUAACAUAUUCACUUUCUCUGCUUUACAACAUCAGCUUCUUUAUACAAAUGAUAAUUCUACCCUAUCUUGCUAAACAACUCGAAAUAAGCGAUACAGACAUUGGUUUGAUUCAAACAUUUUUUGGUGUUUUACAAAUGAUCGGUGGUCCAAUUUUUGGAUUUUUGAUAAGGCGAUUUGGCAUACGCAAAGCGCUUAUUCUUUGUUAUACGUCCACUAUAAUUUCAUCGCUACUCAAAUUCACUAGCAAAUUUUCGCUGUACGUUAGCAUAAUACCAAGUAUAUUCAUGCAUGGACAACAAGCGCAUCAGACACUCCUCUCGAUGAUUACUACGGCCGGUAAGGAACGAACAAACGAAAUAAUUUCAUUUCAGUUAAUUUCACGAAAUGCACAAACAUUACACUGA